GUUUCCACUUAUAUAACUAGUCUAUAGUUUGCAGUUUGAGAUCACAUCAAAUAUAUAUCAUUCACCCAUCAAGUCACUCAGAAAGGGGGAGAAGCAUAUUUAGUAAAACCUAGGUUUUGGCUAAAAUACACAGGAGAUUGGCCAUAUAUGGAAACUGGGAAUGAAGAAAAGGAGUGCAUUUUUGGAGAAGUAGAAGAUGAUGAUGAUGAUGAGGAGAAUGAGGAUUCACUCAAGAAGAAGAUUGCUUCCCAUGCUUUAUAUGGCCUCCUUGUUGACACUCACAUUGACUGCUUAAAGCUUUGUUUGGGCAUGGCGGAUCAGAUUGAAGAAGAAAAGUCAUCAAAGUAUGAGCCAAAAGCGGCUAAUUGCCAAAUAAUCAGCUCACGCAAAAGUGAUCAACUGGAGUUGGACAACUUCAUGGAAGCAUAUUGCAUGGCACUAAGCAAGCUAAAAGAAGUAAUGAAGGAACCACACCAAGAGACUAUGGCCUUCAUCACACAUAUGCAUUCUCAGCUUGAGGAGCUUAUGGAAGCUCCUUCAAUGUCCCAAUCUCAUCUCGCCAAGACUACCUAGCUACUAGCUAAUACCUACCUUAUAUUAUUAGCUAUAUAUAUAUGUAUCUACCAUUUCAUAUCAUCAUCAAUGUCUAUCAUUUUCAACCUUAA